AUGGCUGCAGAGAACCCCAUGGAAAGGCUCCAGGAGGAAGCGACAUGUCCCGUCUGUCUGGAGUAUUUCACAGAACCUGUCACUCUGGAGUGUGGACACCAUUUCUGCCGAGCCUGCAUCAGCCAGUGCUGGGAGGGAUCCGAUACAGCCGCCUCCUGCCCUCAGUGCAGAGAAACUGUGCAACAGAGAAACCUCAGGCCCAACAGGCAGCUGGUAAAUAUCCUAGUACUCGUCAAGCAGUUGAGUUUACAGGUGGCAAAAGGAGCAGGAGGGGACGGGGUGUGUGAGAGACACCAGGAGGCUCUGAAACUGUUCUGUGAAGCGGAUCAAACCCCCAUCUGUGUGGUGUGCGACAGAUCCCGGGCUCACCGCACUCACACGGUGGUCCCCAUCGAGGAGGCUGCCCAGGAGUACAAGGAAAGAGUCCAGUCCCAUUUGAAAACUCUGAGGGAAGAGAGAGAAAAGGUGCUGGGAUUGAAAGCGACUGGAGAGAGGAAUUGCCGGGAAUAUCUUAAACAAACGCAAACCGAGAGGCAGAAGAUGGUGUCUGAAUUUCAGCAAUUGCAGCAGUUCCUGGAGGAACAAGAGCGACUCCUGCUGGCCCAGCUGGAGAAGUUGGACAAGAAGAUUGUGAGGAUCCAGAAUGAAAAUGUCAGUAAACUCUCCGAGCAGAUUUCCCGUCUGAGUGAGCUGAUCAGUGAGGUGGAGGGGAAGUGUCAGAAGCCAGCGAGUGAAUUCCUACAGGAUGUCAGAACCACCUUGAGCAGGUGUGAGAAGGGGAAGUUCCAGCAGCCAGAGGAGAUUUCUCCUGAACUGGAAGAGCCAGUCAGUGAUUUCUCCCAGAAAACGAUUGUGCUAAUGGAGAUUCUGGGGAAGUUCAAAGUGAAUGUGACUCUGGAUCCAGACACGGCUCAUCCCGAACUCGUCCUGUCUGAGGAUCAGAAAAGUGUGAGAUGGGAAGACACAUGGCAGCGACUGCCCAACAACCCUGAGAGAUUUGACACUGCGCCGUGUGUGCUGGGCUGUGAGGGAUUCACCUCAGGGAGACAUUGCUGGGAGGUGGAGGUGGGGGCUGGGCAAUACUGGGCUGUGGGGGUGGCCAGAGAGUCUGUGAGGAGGAAGGGAGAGAUCAGCUAUAGCCCUGAGGUGGGGAUCUGGGCUGUGAGGUGGUUGGGGAAUCGGUUCCAGGCUCUCACCUCCCCUGUGACCCCCCUGCCCCUGAGCCGUUUCCCCAGCAGGACCCGGGUUUGUCUGGACUGUGACCGGGGGCAGGUGACAUUUAUCGAUGUUGGUGACGAGGCCCCGAUCUUCACUUUCCCGCCGGGCUCCGUCCCUGGGGGGAGAAUCCGACCCUGGUUCCGGGUGGGGGGAUCCCAGCUCAGACUGUGUCCCUGAGACACACAGUUGAGGGGGGAACCAGAACUCAACCUCUCUUGCCUCGCACAGCCCAGUCUCUAUGACCCUGCAGGACUCCCAUCUACCCAGCCUCUGGCUCCUUAUCUCUAUGGCCCCUGGAAGUGCCUCCCCCACCCUCUCGGCAGCCCCAGGGAUGAGAGGGGGGAAGAACCUCUGAAGCUGCAG